AUGAGAGGUGAAGCGAACGACGACGAGAGAAAUCAACGUCGACGCGCGCGCGUCGCCGUCGUGGGCGCGGGCGCGGCGGGAUUGGCGGCGACGCGAGCGAUGAUGCUCGAGGGGCACGACGUCGUCGCGUUCGAACGCUCGCGAGACGGGUGCGGGGGGACGUGGCGGUACGACGCGAGCGCGGAGGCGGACGCGCUCGGGACGGACGCGCGAAGACGGAGAGUGCACGGGUCGAUGUACGCGUCGUUGCGAACGAAUCUCCCACGAGAGGUCAUGGGGUUCAAGGAAUUUCCGUUCGCGAGCGACAAGGCGUUCGAUGGGGACGCGCGACGGUUCUGUGGACAUAGCGAGGUUCGCGCAUAUCUGGAGGCGUACGCCGAGCGGUUCGGCUUGGACGCCGUGACGCGGUUCGGCACAUUGGUCGUCUCUGUCGAGCGCGUCAAGCGAGCAAACGAGGAGGAAGAGAAUCGAUGGUCGAGCUCGUGGGAGGUGACUUCGGAGGAUCCGAGCGGGGUGGUGCGAAAGGAGAUGUUCGAUGCUGUGGUUGUGUGUAACGGGCACUACUCCGAGCCGAGAGUGCCAGAGUUCGACGGCGCGGAGACGUGGCCGGGAGAGCGCACGCACAGUCACAAUUAUAGGAUCCCGGACGGGUUCAAGGGUAAGAAAGUUUUACUCAUAGGCGCCAUGGCGAGCGGGGAAGAUCUCAGCAGGGAGAUCGCGAGCGUCGCAGAUGCGGUGUACCUCUCGGCGCGCACGUGGCAAAAUCCCGAUUGGGCUAAAUCGACCGAGGGGAUCGGUGCGCGUGGGAACGUGUACCGUAAACCGAACGUGAAGCGAUUUGAGGUCAACGGGGGCGUUGAAUUCGAAGACGGUUCCGUCGUUACCGACAUUGACGCGUGCAUGUAUUGCACCGGGUACAAGUAUCGCUUUGAGUUUAUUUCAAAGGAUAUCGUCUCAGUUGAAGACAAUCAUGUCGCGCCUCUGUUCGAGCACUGCGUUUCGGCCAACGCGCCGUCGUUAUCGUUCAUUGGAUUACCGUGGAAAGUCGUUCCUUUCCCGCAAUUUGAAUUACAGAGCAUCUGGAUAUCGCGCAUGCUCUCUGGCGCCGUGCCCAUGCCGAGUCGCGAGGAGGCGCUUUGCGGAGCCGCAGAUCUCGAGGUGACGCUCGAACCGAAGGGAGACGUUCCCAGACGGCACGCGCAUUUACUCGGCGACGCGCAAUUCGAGUAUAACGACCGCAUUGCGAAACUAGCGGGCGUCGAUCCCCUUGGGAGCUGGCGUCAGAGCAUGUACAAGAAAACCGGGCUCAACAAGAGGCUUCAUCCAGAGUUGUACCGCGACACAUCUCCAGAUGACGACGAGGAGCUUCGCGGGGCGCACGUUGAAUUCGCCGCUGUCUCUGACGACGAAGCGGCUCCGCACUUAGCACAUUGA